AUGCCUAGAAGUCGAGCCGCCGCACAAAAAGAACCCCAAGAAACCCAAGAAACCCAAGAAUGUCAAGAAUUACCAGAAUCGGCACAAGAACGACAAGCGGCGCUGCGAGUAAUACAUGAAACAUAUAAUCUAGUAGCACAUUCAUUACUACAACAACAUCUUCAUCAUAAAGAACAAUCGCAGCAGCAUCAAGAAUAUCAAGAAUAUAUUCGACAAUAUAACCAACAACAAUAUCAACAGCACCAACAACUACAUCAAAAAUAUAAACGAUUAGAGUUGUUCUUUAUUCUAUCGCUAUUUCUUAAUCUGGUUAUUAUUUUAUAUAUUUUAUAUAAUCUCGAACAAUUUAACAUGCCAUUCAUUUAA